CGGGCCUCCCGGAGGGGGUGGCGAACGCACCGCCUCAAUCCCCGUAGCCCCUCCCCGGCAGCGCCGCUAAAUACGUCCUUCCGCUUCCUUCUCUCUCUUUCUCCGCCAUCGAGGUGCGCGCUCGCCUCUCCCUCACCAUGUCUUCCCACAAGACUUUCAGGAUCAAGAGGUUCCUGGCCAAGAAACAGAAGCAGAAUCGGCCCAUUCCCCAAUGGAUUCGGAUGAAAACUGGUAAUAAAAUCAGGUACAACUCGAAGAGGAGACAUUGGAGAAGAACCAAACUGGGCCUAUGAGAACUCACUCAUGACAGAUGACUCACAUAUUUAUGCUGUAUCCAGGUUGCCUACACCUUUAAAUGAUUGAAAAGAUACUACCAUCUGGACAGUUGGAGCAUUUUAAUUGGAGAAUUAAUGGACUUGUGAUUUUGCUCUAUUGAUUUUUUUUUCCCCUUCUGCAAUAGUAGGAUGGUUCAGUAAUAAAUGUGUGAGAUCUUUUAAA